AUGUAUACCUCCCUCCUCACCGUUCUACUCUUGAGUUCCACCGGCAAUGCAGCCGCCGUGGCCACAUCGGACAGUCAGCAUGAUACGAAACUCAAGAAGGGACUCGUCGAGGCGCUGAUAGCUGCUGCCGCUACUGAGAAAGUUUCUGGGGCUAGAGAAGUCAUUGGUGCGAAGGGCGGUGGGUGUACUGGGUGCCCAUUCACGCCCACGAAGAGCACUUUCUACAACAUGCCUGCUUUUAUCCGUAUUUCACAUAAGGUCGACUGGAGUGCAGAUGAUGCCCCCGACGCCAUUGCACUCACUGUCGCAAACCCCGGUGAUGAUGGCGGUAAGGGCCUCUGCAAGGUUGCGAUAGGCAUUGGAGCUGCUAUGGCUGGGGUUGUCAAUGGAGCUGCUGGCGGGGCUUUCAAGCUGGGUAGACUGGCUUGCAGCCUCAUCUGA